CCUUUCUGCCACCGCCAUGCCAUCCAGACUGAGGAAGACCCGGAAACUCCGGGGCCACGUGAGCCACGGCCAUGGCCGCAUCGGUAAACACCGCAAGCGCUGGAGGCAUGCAUCAUCACAGGAUCAACUUCGACAAAUAUCAUCCAGGUUACUUCGGGAAAGUUGGGAUGAGGCAUUACCACUUAAAGAGGAACCAGAGCUUCUGCCCGACUGUCAACCUGGAUAAACUGUGGACGCUGGUCAGUGAGCAGACCCGGGCCAAUGCUGCCAAGAACAAGACUGGAGUUGCUCCCAUCAUUGAUGUCGUGCGCUCGGGCUACUACAAAGUUCUGGGGAAGGAAAAGCUCCCUAAGCAGCCUGUCAUCGUGAAAGCCAAAUUUUUCAGCUGA